UUUAUUUUUUGUUGAUAUAAAUUAUUUUAUAUAAUUUAUAUUUUCAUGAUAAAUAUUAGAUAAAUAAUGCUUGAUUAAUUUACACAUAACAACUUACAGAGUAGGUUAGACCAUAUUUGGACAAGAAUGAUACCGCUUGCCAAGUUUAGGGACAUGCAGUCAUCACCUUGAAAGUUCAGGGACUAGAAUGACACCACCGGACAAGUUUAGGGACAUGUGGUGAUUACCUUAACAGUUCAGGGAUCUAGAUGACACCGUCUGUUAAGUUUAUGGACUCAUAGAUAUCACUUUAGAAGUUUAGAGACCUAGAUGACACCGCCACAAGCACCACCGGCGGUGGAUUUUGCUCUUUUUUAUUUGCGGAGCACAGACCCCUCAUCUCUUUUACUUUGUCUGCAGCAGUUUUUCUCUGGUAGAGUAGUAGACAUAGACUGCAGCCGUUUUUCAGAUGGAGUAGAGCCGUCGUGUGUGUGAGAGCGAGAUUUUGGAGCGAACCAGCUCUCAGAUCGUGGCAGCCAUCAUUGCCAAAACCAGAAUCCAAUGCGUCUACGUGCUCAUGUGAUAAUGCUGCGAGCUCUGUUCGAGUGGGAGUGGUGGCGCUGGAAGCUACUAGAAACGAAGGGGAUGAAAGGCACGAGUCUGUCCACGUCGACGGUUCAGUGCUUUCCUGUCGCCAAAGAGUACGAGAGUCGAUAGGAAUGAUAUCCAAAAACGGCACGUCGAUGCGGUUCAAGUGCUUUUGUCUGCUCAAGUUAGCGGAGAAAAUCAACCACACCCAUCGUUUUAGAGAAGGCGUGAGCGCAGUAGCUCGGUUUUGUCGGCAAGAGUCUACGAGUUAGGCCGCCGGCAGCAAAACAAACCCGGGCGCGUGCCGCCGCACGUCGUUGCUGUCUUUUGUCGGCAAGAGUCUAUGGGCGUGGUACUGUGUGACUGUACUAGUCGAUUGGACUUUGGAGUGCAUUGCCAGCAGCGCAGUUUGCACGCAUGGCACCUCUUCCUCAUGGUGCGUGCCCUCCUGUUGGAUGGGUUUGCACAAGUCGCGCCGCCGUGGACCUGCACGCCCUAGAUGUGUUGCGACUAUCGUGUACGUAUACGAAGCAUGCAAGUUUGAAGCGCCAUCGCCGUACUCGACGUACGUUUUCCACUCCAGGGGCCACCGCCAUCGCCGUACUCGACGCACAGUCCGAUCCCAUAACUGACUGCACUGUCCGACCCCACGGCGGCCCUCCGAUGGCGUUGCCGGCGGGCACGGGGGUGGUGGCCUACAACGCGGCCAUCUCCCGGUGCGCCCGCGCGGGGCUGUACGCGCGGGCGCUGGCGCUGUUCCGCGAGAUGCGCGGGCGGGGGCUGCGCGCCGACGAGUACACCCUCCCGCCGCUCCUCAACUCCGCGGCGCUCCUGCGGGGCCCGCCGGGGGCGGUGGCCGCGCUGCACGCGCUCCUCCUCCGCGCGGGGCUCGCGCACCACCUCCACGUCGCCAACGCGCUCGUCGACGCCUACGCCAGGCUGCCCUGCGCGGGGGGCGCCGCCACGGCGCGGGCCGUGUUCGACGAAAUGCCGCGCCGGGACGUCGUCACCUGGACCUCGCUCCUCACGGGGCUCGCGCGCGCCGGCGCCCACGCCGCGGCGGUCCGCGCGUACCACGGCAUGGUCGCCGCGGGGGUCCAGACCGACGAGUUCGCCGUCGCGGCGGUGCUCAGCUCGUGCGCGGGCUCCACCGCGCUCGACGUGGGCCGCUCGGUGCACGCCGCCGCGGUCCACCUCGGGCUCUGCCCGUUCCGCUCGGUCGGGAACUCGCUCGUGUCCAUGUACGCCAAGACCGGCGCGCUGCACGACGCGCGGGCGGUGUUCGACGCGAUGCCGGCGCGGUGCACCAUCACGUGGACGGCUCUCAUCGUCGGGUACGCGCAGAACGGCCGUGGCAGGCGGUCGCUCGAGGUCUACACCGAUAUGGUCAGGUCCGGGUGCAGGCCGGACUACGUGACCUUCAUCGGUCUGCUCUUCGCGUGCAGCCACGCCGGCCUCGUCGACGCCGGCCGGGAUCACUUCCGGUCCAUGGCGGUCGACUACGGCAUCGCUCCGGGACCGGAUCACUACGCGUGCAUGGUCGACUUGCUAGGCCGGGCGGGGAGGCUGGACGAGGCCAUGGACCUGCUGAACCGGAGCUCCACGGAGCUGGACGCCACGGUGUGGAAGUCGCUGCUGGGCGCGUGCCGGGUGCACCGGAACGCGGAGCUCGCCGAGCGCGCGGCCGAGAUGGUGUGGAGGCUGGAUCCGACGGACGCCGUGCCGUACGUCAUGCUCUCCAACCUCUACUCCCGGGCGAGGAGAUGGGGCGACGUCGCGAGGAUCCGCGCGCUGAUGAAGGCGAGAGGGAUCACCAAGGAGCCCGGGUGCAGCUGGGUGGGCGUGAACGGCGUCACGCACCUGUUCCACGUCGAGGACCGCGGGCACCCGCGGGCGGCCGAGAUCUACCGCAAGGUGGAGGAGAUGACCGAGAGGAUCCGGGCCGAGGGGUACGUGCCGGACACGGACUGGGCGCUGCAGGACGAGGCGCCGGAGGGGAGGGAGAGGGGGCUGGCGUACCACAGCGAGAGGCUCGCCGUGGCCUUCGGGCUGCUCGCCGUGCCAGCGGCCGCACCCAUCCGCGUGUUCAAGAACCUACGGGUGUGUGGCGACUGCCACACGGCAAUCAAGAUGGUCGCCAAGGCGUACGGCAGAGUGAUUAUUUUGAGGGAUGCAAACUGCUUCCACCACAUGAAAGACGGAGAGUGUUCUUGUGGUGAUUACUGGUAGGGAGACUCGGCGAAGUGGCGAAGUCGGCUCUUUGAUUUUGAUAGAUUCUUUAGCUGGUAUGAAUGCUACCAUAGAGCGAACUAGUGGUAUCGAGAAAUUGGAAUUUCUGUUCGAUGAGAAUUGACAACACGUCAAGAAGAGAUCAAAUUCCCUCCAGAAAAUUGCUCUGAACUUCUAUUAGAUUUGAAUUGCACCAAAGGUGCCAGUGAUGUACAAUGUGCUAG